UGAGUGCGCAGAGCAGACCCGGCACGGGUCGGAGCCGGGGCGCAGAGCCCGCGCGGGCUGGCUUGGCGCCGGGCCUCCGGCUUCCACUCAGUCUUUGACCCUCGGUCCCCACCCUCCACUCCCCCGCAGGCCGCACCACUGUAAGCGCUGCCCGGCCGGCCGCCGCUCCUUCCCGGGCCGGCCAGCACAGAGCGCAGCGCGGCGGGGCCGGCGACAUGGCUGUGUCCUGGAGGAGCUGGCUGGCCAACGAAGGGGUUAAACACCUCUGCCUGCUCAUCUGGCUCUCCCUGAAUGCCCUGCUUUUCUGGAAAACCUUCCUGCUGUAUAACCAAGGGCCAGAGUAUCAUUACCUCCACCAGAUGUUGGGGCUAGGAUUGUGUCUAAGCAGAGCCUCUGCAUCUGUUCUUAACCUCAACUGCAGCCUUAUCCUCUUACCCAUGUGCCGAACACUCCUGGCUUACCUUCGAGGAUCCCAAAAGGUUCCAAGCAGGAGAACCAGAAGAUUGUUGGAUAAAAGCAAAACGUUCCAUAUAACCUGUGGUGUUACUAUCUGUAUUUUCUCAGGUGUGCAUGUGGCUGCCCAUCUGGUGAAUGCCCUCAAUUUCUCAGUGAACUACAGUGAGGAUUUCAUUGAACUGAAUGCAGCAAGACACCGAGAUGAGGAUCCUAGAAAGCUUCUCUUCACAACUGUUCCUGGCUUGACAGGGGUCUGUAUGGUAGUGGUGUUAUUCCUCAUGAUUACAGCAUCUACAUAUGCGAUAAGAGUUUCUAACUAUGACAUCUUCUGGUAUACUCAUAACCUCUUCUUUGUCUUCUACAUGCUGCUGAUGUUGCAUGUUUCCGGAGGACUGCUGAAGUAUCAAACUAAUUUACAUACCCACCCUCCUGGCUGCAUCAAUCUUAACCGAACCCACUAUCAGAAUAUUUCCUUACCAGAGUAUCUCUCAGAACAUUUUUAUGAACCUUACCCUGGAGGAUAUUCAAAACCAGAAGAGCUUACCCGGAACGCAUUUGUGAAGAUUUGUGUAGAAGAGCCCAGGUUCCAAGCCAAUUUUCCACAGACGUGGCUUUGGAUUUCUGGACCUUUGUGCCUGUAUUGUGCCGAAAGACUUUACAGGUGUAUCCGGAGCAAUAAGCCAGUCACCAUCAUCUCAGUUAUAAGUCAUCCCUCAGAUGUCAUAGAAAUCCAAAUGGUCAAAGAAAAUUUUAAAGCAAGACCUGGCCAGUAUAUUAUUCUACAUUGUCCCAGUGUGUCUGCAUUAGAAAACCAUCCAUUUACCCUCACAAUGUGUCCUACUGAAACCAAAGAAAUAUUUGGGAUUCAUCUUAAAAUAGUAGGAGACUGGACAGAACGAUUCCGAGAUUUACUACUGCCUCCAUCUACUCAAGACUCUGAGAUUCUGCCAUUUGUUCAAUCUAGAAAUUAUCCCAAGCUGUAUAUCGAUGGUCCAUUUGGAAGUCCCUUUGAGGAAUCACUGAACUAUGAGGUUAGCCUCUGCGUGGCUGGAGGCAUUGGAGUAACUCCAUUUGCAUCAAUACUCAACACCCUGCUGGAUGACUGGAAGCCAUACAAGCUUAGAAGACUGUACUUUAUUUGGGUGUGCAGAGACAUACAAUCCUUCCAUUGGUUUGCAGACUUACUCUGUGUAUUGCAUAACAAGUUUUGGCAAGAGAACAGACCCGACUAUGUCAACAUCCAGCUGUACCUCAGUCAAACAGAUGGGAUACAGAAGAUAAUUGGAGAAAAAUAUCAUGCACUGAAUUCAAGACUUUUUAUUGGACGUCCUCGGUGGAAACUUCUGUUUGACGAAAUAGCAAAAUGUAACAGAGGGAAAACAGUUGGUGUUUUCUGCUGUGGACCCAAUUCAGUUUCUAAGACUCUUCAUAAACUGAGUAACCAAAGCAACUCAUAUGGGACAAGAUUUGAAUACAAUAAAGAAUCGUUCAGCUAAAAGACCUUUGAGAUGAACCAGGACUCUAAAGAAGGAAUAAGUGCAAUUCCUAAGACUUUGAAACUCAGCUGACUCAAGUAGCUGUGUUGUGCCAAAGAGUAGCGAGGUUUUCUUAUUUAUGAUUAUUUAAAAUGGAAAUGCAGAAAAUGUGGCAAAAUGGAAGUUCACAUUACAUAUUUAAUCUGGAAGCCAAAGAGACCCUGAAGAUUAUUUGAUGUGAUGAUUUAGUCUUCAAUGCUCAAAUUAAAAGAAAACUAUUAGAUGCACACUGUUGAUUUUUAUAGCAGAUUCAAGAGCUCCCUGGAGAGGAGCUGAAUUUGCUCACUCUGAGGCUGAUAGCCCUCGUCCUCUUUAAAUGGUUUUUGGUUGAACAAAUGCAAGAUUGAACAAAAUUAAAAAUUCAUUGAAACU